GUGAAAGAAUAAAUAAGAUAAUUUAGGGAGAAAGUAUCAAAUUAUUUAUUUCUUCUAUCUUCAUAUUCAAGUCAAACAAAUCCAUAUAAUUACAUGAACGCAAAUAUGUGAUCAAUCAACACACUUCCAUAUCUCUCACAAAAUCAAUGUUGAAAAGUGUAUUAUUUUUAAAUUACCUAAAAUGGGUAUCAAUUCUUGCUAUUUUGGGUCUCAAAAUCAUAGGAACCUCAUCAGCAAAAACCUCACAAAUAGCCCUUCCAAAAUGCCCAGAAAAUUGUGGUAACAUCACUGUUCCUUACCCAUUUGGUAUAGGCGAUGCUUGUCAUUACGGAUCCCCUUUCGAUGAUGGUAGAUUCUUCAAUCUAAGCUGUAAUUUCACUACAAAUCCCCCAAGCUUAGCUUUAGGUAAUCAAGUAGCCAUCGAAAAAAUCAAUUUAGAAGGAGAAUUUUGGGCACAUUACCCAAUUUCAUACCGUUGUUACAAUUCUAGUAGUAGUACUAUCCCUGCUUCAGAGUAUCGAGCCUUUAUUCGAACUAAACGAUUCCCUCUUUCGACAACAAAAAACAUGAUCGGUGCGAUUGGUUGCGAUACUUAUGUGUUACUCAACGGUACAAUCAACAAUAAUCGACAGUUUCGAUCUGGGUGUUUAACGGUUUGUGCUUCUUCUGAAGAUGUUGGAACAAGAACAUGUUCUGGAAUUGGGUGUUGUUUGGUGUCGAUCUUACAUGGGGUAACGAAUCUGGAUUUGGUGUUUAAAAGUCUUAAUGACCAACAAUUAGUGCAUGAUUUUAAUGCUUGUAGUGUUGCGUUUGUGUUGGCUAAAGAUCAUGCGAAAAAGGAUAAUGAAUUACCUUUCUCAAUUAAGGAUAUUUUGAGUCAAAAUGAUACGAGUUAUAGGAAUUUGAAGUUUCCUGUUGUGUUUAAUUGGGGAAUUGGGGAUACAAGUUGUGCGAAAGCGAGAGCGUCGAAGGAGAUUAUUUGUAAGGGUAAUAGUAAGUGUGUUGAUAGACCUUACAAGGAAGGAUACCUUUGUCGAUGCUUUCAAGGGUUUCAGGGUAAUCCUUAUCUUCAUGAUUGCCAAGAUAUCAAUGAGUGUGCUGCUUCUUGGAGUAACCUAUGUAGCAUGGAUUGUGUCAACACACCAGGAAGUUAUAAAUGCAAAUGCGCAAGUGGAUAUUUUGGUGAUGGCUAUAAAAAUGGUACUGCAUGCACUAAGCACAAAAAUAACAGCAAAUCAUCACUCAAGAAAAUUACUAUAGGGCUGAGUAUUUCAUUGGGUUCAAUGCUUCUGCUCCUAUGUUGCUGGAGAUUGCACGUGUUGAUCAGAAAAAGGUUGAUUGCCAAGAAAAAGGCUGCAUACUUCAAGAGAAAUGGCGGCUUGUUGUUACAACAACAUAUGUCCUAUGAUGAAAGUAUUUUAGCAAGAAUGAAAAUAUUUCCUAUAGACGAACUAGAGAAAGCAACUGACCAUUUCAAUAAGGAUAGAAUACUUGGAAAAGGAGGUCAAGGUACUGUUUAUAAAGGCAUGUUAAGUGAAGGUAAAAUUGUAGCUAUAAAGAAGUCGAAACUCGAAGCUGAAAGUCAUUUAGUAGAAUUCAUUAAUGAAGUCGUAAUUUUAUCGCAAAUUAAUCAUCGAAAUGUAGUUAAGUUGUUGGGAUGUUGUUUGGAGACAGAAGUUCCAUUACUAGUUUACGAGUUCAUUCCAAAUGGAACUCUUUUUCAUCACAUUCAACAACAAAAUAAGGAAUUUCCGAUGACUUGGAGAAUGCGCCUACAGAUUGCUUCUGAUACAGCCGGAGCUCUUGCUUAUUUACACUCGUCAACGUCAACUCCAAUACUUCAUCGAGACAUCAAAUCCACUAAUAUACUUUUGGAUGAAAAGUAUAGAGCAAAGUUAUCGGAUUUUGGCAUGUCAAAAUCAAUUCCUCUUGAUCGAAAUCAUGUAACAACGCGUGUGGUGGGUACAUUUGGUUAUUUAGAUCCAGAGUAUUUCCAAUCUAAUCAGUUCACUGAGAAGAGCGAUGUAUAUAGUUUUGGGGUUGUCCUAAUUGAGCUUCUAACAGGAGAAAAGGCUAUUCGUAAUACAUCUUCAGAAGACAAAAAUUUGACUUCUUUGUUUCUUUUGUGUAUGGAGAAUUCUCAUUUAUUCGAUAUCAUCGAUACUCAAGUUCUAAAAGAGGGUUCAAAGAAUGACUUUCUUGCUAUAGCGAAUCUUGCAAAGAGGUGUUUAAAUUUAGAAGGAAGGAAGAGACCAACUAUGAAGGAAGUUUUACAAGAAAUAGAAAGAGUUUUGUCAUCAAUUCAUUUGCCACAAAAGACUUGGCCAAAUUCACAAGAACUAGCCACUAGCAAUUCGAGUUCCGAUGGUUUUUCUUCUAACAUAUUUUUUUCCGAAAAUUAUUCAUGUUCCGCUGUAGAAUCAUUAUUGUCCAAUUCGAAAGGGCGCCUAGGCAAAAUGAAUUGAGAUAUAAAAGAAAAGAGAGGAAGAAAGAACACCAACAUCUCCAGUUCAAGCAUGUACUGAAGCUCUCUACUCAUGCAAGAAGGAAGCAACAACUAGGCACAAGUAUUUCAAGGAUUCUUUGUAAGUUUUUCAUGAGAGUGCCAUUUCUUUUUGAAGCUUAAAAUUCUUUUGGUUGAUAAAUUCUUUUGGGAUUACUUUUGGGAUUUGAUGUAUCAUUUUGCGACUUACUCGAGGUCGAGCAAGGUUCAAGUGUGGGGAAUUUGAUAAUACCUUAUUUUGUGUAUUUUUCCAUUUCAAUUUCGAUUUUAUUAAGUAGAAUUUAGAUUUAACUAUAUAACAAUUAGAGAAAUUAUUUUAUAGAAUAGUUUAAUUGAUGUAAUUCUCUAAGAUGAUAAUUCUAGCUUUAUUAGAAGGAUAUUAUGUAAAAAUAUCAUUUCAAGCAAAGAAGAAGAAGCAAGCAAAGAAUCGGAUCAGACUGAGAUGCGCGGCCCGCGGAGUUUUACGCGGCUCGCGCAUGCGCGGCACGCGGAGUUCUACACGGGAUGCGGAGUUCAAUCUGUAGGCUAGGUGGCUAUUUCACUUUUCCCAUUUCGGCUUUCAUUUUCAAUUGGAUGUUUAGAGGGGUUUAGGAGGCGACUUGCAAAGAGGAAUGAUGAGCAAAUCCAAUGGCAAGAAGCUUCAUCAAAUAUUUAUAAAUAGGCAAGAAAGCUUAGGAAUGAGAGCAUCUUGUAAUUUUUCAUUAAAAUACUUCUUCUUCUUUAUUUCUGUUUUGCCAUAGUUAUGGAGCUUCAAGCUUAAUUUUUCAUUUCUUGAGAAAAGUUGAUUGGAAACUUGUAAUUAAUCAUUGUAAGAAUUCCUCUACUUAAUAUACUUUGGAUUAUUGAAAAGUUCUUAUUAUAAUCUUAUGAAUAUUGUUUGAAUUGGAAA